AUGUCGAAUGAACUCCCCGUUACUGAGAAGCCGGGGGCGCCCGGUUUCUCUCUUCAUCCCGGAUUUUACAUUCUAAACUGGAUGUUCUUUUCAAAUAUGACAAUUCUGUUUAACAAGUGGCUGAUUGACACCGCGGGAUUCAGAUAUCCCGUCCUGCUAACAUGUUGGCACCUGGUCUUCGCGACAAUCGCAACCCAAAUCCUCUCGCGGACCACCUCCCUCGUCGACGGCCGCAAGAAAGUCAAAAUGACUGGCCGCGUCUACCUCCGCGCCGUCGUCCCCAUCGGCGUCCUCUACUCGGGCUCACUCGUAUGCAGCAACCUCGUGUACCUCUACCUCAAUGUAGCCUUCAUCCAGAUGCUCAAGGCGUCGGGCCCCAUCGCCGUGCUCUUCGUCAGCUGGCUCUGGGGAGUCGCGCACCCCAGCUUCGAGAAUAUCGUUAACAUUGUCGGUAUCGCUGUUGGUGUGGCCCUCGCUAGCGCCGGCGAGAUUGAGUUUUCGUGGAUCGGGUUUAUGUUCCAGUUCGCCGCUGUUAUCUUCGAGGCUAUGCGACUUGUCAUGAUCCAGAUUCUUCUGUCGGGAGAUGAUAUGAAGAUGGAUCCACUUGUCAGUCUUUACUACUACGCUCCUGUUUGCGCCGUCAUGAACUUCAUCGUCUGUCUUUUCACGGAGUUCCCGUCGUUCCAGGUGGCGGACCUUGUGCAGACGGGCCCCUUCAUGCUUAUCCUUAAUGCGGGUGUUGCGUUUAUGCUCAACGUCGCUAGCGUCUUCUUGAUCGGCAAGACCUCCUCGCUCGUUCUCACCCUCGCCGGCAUCUUCAAAGCCAUCCUCCUCGUCAUCGCCUCCGUCAUAAUCUGGAACACCACCAUCACCUUCCUCCAAUUCUUCGGCUACUCCAUCGCCCUCUUCGGCCUCGUGUACUACUCCCUCGGCUGGACGCAGAUCAAGAACCUCUCGGCCGCCACCUCCACCUGGGUCUCGGGCGCCUACGCUAGCGGCUUCAGCGACACUCGCGGCACCCCGCGAGUCAAGCGUUACGUGACCAUCGGCCUUGCCGUUUUCAUCGGCUUCAUGCUCCUCGUCGGGCUCACGAGGGGGUCGUCCGGCUCGACUACGCCUAUGCGGUCGCCCGAUUCGGAGGGUUGGGGGUUUGGUUGGAUGUCUAACCUUGGGUGGGGUCAGUGA